CCGCCCGCCCUCAUCUCGUGUGAACUCCGCCCCCCACCGUCCACCUUUCCUCCCAUCAACGCUCCCCUUCCCCCCUCAGUGGCGGGCAAUCGCUAAUGUCCCCGGCCUCCUCGAAGCCGAUGGGUCCCAGCGAGAAGGCCCUCUCGUCGGCGGUGUCCCUCGCCGACGGGGCGGCCUCGACGCGCGCACGGCCUCGGCGGCCGCAAGGCGACCCGGCCGCCGGGCCGGGUGUCUCUCUCUCGCCUGACCCCUCUCUGUCCACGGACAACCCGUACCUGGAGCCCACCUCACCGGCGGCCACCUCCAACGCCCUGGUUCGGUCCACCUCCAUCAAGAGCGCCUCCUUCCAUGUGCCGCGUCCGGUCUGGGCCCGCAUCUACACUCUUCCCUAUGCGACGCUUUACCUCAUCGCGGCCGGCCUCUAUGCGGCUGGCAUCAUUGCCAACCCGGAUGUCUGGCUGCUCCUCGGUGUGGCCAUGGUUUUUGGCCAUGUCCUGCUGAUCCUCUCCUGCCAGUGGAGUAUUUCGCUGCGUGUGCGAGUUCUCUGCCGCGAGGUGACCGACCCGUACAAGGCCGUGUACAUUCGCGUGGAGCCGGUCCCCCACAAGGGCAAGCCCACGGUUUGCCCCCUGCUCGUUGACACCUCCACCGGUCAGCGUCAGCUGUACUUUGUGUAUCAGCUGCGCAAGUUUGUCUAUCAUGAGACCCAUAAGUACUUCUACCGCGAGCAUUUCGAGACUAGCCGGCCGCUGCAUUACUACCGCCAGUGGCGUGGGUAUUCCAAUGAGCUGGAUGUCUUUGAGAACGAGCGCAAGUGGGGCCAGAACACUCUUGCCAUCCCCCAGCCCACUUUCCUGGAGCUCUUCAAGGAACACUCCAUUGCCCCCUUCUUCGUGUUCCAGGUCUUCUGUGUGGUCCUCUACAUGUUCGAUGACUAUUGGUACUUCAGCCUGUUCACGCUCUUCAUGCUGGUGACCUUCGAGGCGACUGUGGUCUCGCAGCGCCUGAAGAACUUCACCGAGCUGCGCAACAUGUCCCCCAAGCCGUUCCCUGUGAAUGCCUUCCGCUUCGGUCAGUGGGUGGAGAUCUCCAGCUCGAAGCUCAUCCCAGGUGACAUUAUUUCGAUUGUCCGCUCGGAGAAUGAUCGCGGCGUCCCCUGCGAUGUUCUCUUGCUUGACGGCACGUGCAUCGUCAACGAGGCCAUGCUCACCGGCGAGAGUGUCCCGCAGCCGAAGGAAUCCCUCGCGGGUGUGACUGGCGUUGCACCGGGUGCCACUGCCGAUGCAGCGGCUGCCGCGGCUGCCGAGCUCCUGGAUCUGCGCUCGCGCCACCGGGCCCUUUGUGUCUUUGCCGGCACGAAGGUUGUUCAGGCUGAGUCGGCCAUCAAUGCCUCCAUCGAGACCCCCCCUGACGGCGGGUCGCUCGGGUUUGUCUUGCGCACCGGCUUCAACACCUACCAGGGCAAGCUCAUUCGGACCAUUGCCUCCAGCACGGAGCGCGUCAGUGCCAACAGCGCUGAGAGCCUAUUCUUCAUCCUCUUCCUCAUGGUCUUUGCCGUCAGCGCGUCGGUUUACGUCUGGAUGGAAGGCAUCGCCAAUGAUCGCGAUCGAUACAAGCUCCUGCUCAACUGCAUUCUCAUCGUCACCAGCGUCAUCCCCCCGGAGCUGCCCAUGGAGCUGGCCCUGGCCGUGAACCAGAGCCUGGUGGCCCUGACCCAGAAGGCCAUCUUCUGCACGGAGCCCUUCCGCAUCCCGCUUGCCGGGAAGCUGGACAUCUGCUGCUUCGACAAGACCGGCACCCUGACCACGGAUGAGCUGACCCUCGAGGGUGUGGCCCUGCCCAGCAUCUCCUCCGCAUCCAACCCCCUGGAGUCCCUGUCCUCGGCGCGGCUGGCCCCGGGCCCGGCCUCGGCCCCCUCGGCGUCGUCGCUGAUGCUGAAUGCCGACCUCUUUGCGCCCGGCGCUCCGACGCACCUGACUCCGGUGGCCGGGCUCGGCCUGCAUCCGGCUUCAUUGGUGCUGGCGUCCUGCCACUCACUGUCGGCCUUGGACCCGAAGACCGCGGCUGCGGCGGCCAAGAAGCCGCAGGCUGCCGGGCCCAAUGCCCCGGCCGCCCCCAUGCGCAUGAUCGACUGCCUGGUGGGUGACCCGCUGGAGCGGGCGAUGCUCGCGUCGCUCGAGUGGAACCUGCUCAGCCGUCGGGAUGACACUUCCGGCCUGGUGCCCCCGGGGCAGACGAUGAUGACGGCCGUGUCGCAGCCGGAGGCCGGCGGCCGCCGGCGCACUUUGCGCAUCCUCCGGCGUUUUGCCUUCUCCUCGGCCAUGAAGCGCAUGGCCACGGUGUCGCUCUUCAGCGGGGACCUGCCCCUCGGACAGCAGACCCCGGCCCUGGACCAGCCCCGGGUGCUGAUCAGCGUCAAGGGAGCGGCCGAGGUGAUUGGCGACCUGCUGGCCGACAAGCCGGAGUGGUAUGAUCGGGUGCAGCGGCACUACGCACGCCAGGGUCGCCGGGUCCUGGCCCUGGCCUAUCGGUUUGCCGAUGACCUAGCCACCGCCAAUGGUGGGAGCAUGGUCUCCAGUGAGUCCUCCUCGCCGGAUGGCGGGUCUCCCGCCGGGUCGGAUCUCAGCAAUGAGGAUGUCGAUGACAAUGUCGCGGCCGGCAACGGCACCAAGCAGUCGACCGGGGCCUCUCCCGGGUCUGGGACCAAGCAGUCGCAGCAGCCACAGCAGCAGUCGGGCUUCUGCGCGAAAACGGUCGGCGCCCGGGUGGCCGAGCUGACCCGCGACCAGGCCGAGUCGGAUCUCCUGUUCGCCGGGUUCCUGGUGUGCUCCACGGCCCUGAAGCCGGAUGCCGCCGAGUCGAUUCGCCUGCUCCGCGAGUCGUCGCACCGGUGUGUCAUGAUCACCGGCGACAGCGCCCUGACCGGGGCCCAUGUGGCUCGCGAGGUGGGCAUCGUGGCCCGGCCGGCCAUGUUCCUGGAGGAGGAGACGUCGACGGUGGGCGAGGAGUCCACCGGUGGCGCCGGCCCCGGCCCCGGCGCGGCGGCCCUGUCGCGGCUGGUGUUCGUCGAUGAGGAGGACCGCGCGCAGCCGGUCGAUCUCACCGAUCCGGCGGGGCUGGAGCGCAUCUUCUACGAGUAUGAUGUCUGUGUGUCGGGUGGUGCUCUGGGGCACUUCUUCCGGCUGAUGGAGGCCGAAAUGGAGCGGCGCACCCUGCGGGACUUGGCCCAGCGCCCGUCGCUGGCCCGGCUGCUGGCGCAUUUCCGCGUCUUCGCCCGGACCUCGCCCGAGCAGAAGGAGCGCAUCCUCACCCUGCUCAAGACCCUGGGCUAUGUGACGCUCAUGUGUGGCGAUGGCACCAACGAUGUGGGGGCCCUGAAGCAGGCGCACGUCGGGGUGGCCCUGUUGGAUGGCCGGCCGGAGGAUUUGAAGCUGCUGCUGGCGCAGAUGCGCGCCCAGCAGCUCCAGCGCCAGCGCCAGGCCCUGGCCGAGCACCAGCGCCGCAUUGCCGAAGCUCGCCAGCGCUUGUCGCAGGCGUCGGCGGCCGGCGGCGGCACCGGUGCCCCGCGGCCCUCCCUGCGCGAGGUCUUCCAGAUUGCCCAGUCCACCAUGGAGUCGGCCGAGGCCGGUGCCGGCGGCGGGGACGAUCCCUUCGGCCAGCAGUCCAUGGUCCGCCUGGGUGAUGCCUCGAUUGCGGCGCCCUUCACCUCGAAGUUGUCCCACGUGAAGGCCAUCUGCGAUGUGGUGCGCCAGGGGCGCGCCACGCUGGUGACCACCAUGCAGAUGUACACCAUUCUGGCCCUGAACUCCCUGAUUUCGGCACACUCCCUGAGUGUCCUCUACCUGGCGGGCAUCAAGUUCAGCGACGUGCAGUACACCAUCUCGGGGAUCCUGCUGUCCGUGUGCUUCUUGUCCCUGUCGCGUGCCAAGCCUGCCGAAAACCUCAGCCGCAAGCGCCCGCAGGCCAACAUCUUCAACUUCUACAUCAUCCUCUCGAUCCUCGGCCAGUUUGCCGUGCACAUGUACUGCAUGAUCAGCGUCACCAACCUGGCCGAGACGAUGAUGGCCCAGGCCGGGGUCAAGCACGUCAUCAAUCUGGAGACUCCCUUCGAGCCGAACCUCCUGAACAAUGGCAUCUACCUGAUUUCGCUUGCCAUGCAAGUGUCCACCUUCGCCAUCAACUACCAGGGCCGGCCCUUCCGCGAGUCGAUCUAUGAGAAUCGGCCGCUCUUCCUGUCGCUGGCCGGUGUGUUUGGCCUGUGCAUCGCCGCUGCCUCCGGGUUCCUGCAUGAUCAGCUGGUCAGCCCGGACGGGACUGGCGCCUCGGCCACCGAGACCCUGGCCGACUGGCUGCAGCUGGUUCCCUUCCCGGCGGAAUUCCGCCAGCAGAUGAUGCGUCUGAUUGCCAUCGACCUUGUGGGUGCCUGGCUGGUGGAGCGCGUGUGCAACUUCCUCUUUGCCGACAACAAGCCCCGCCGGGAGCUGCGUCUGGACCACGAGUAGAUGGAGCGAGGCGCAAAGCCCGUGCCACCUUCCUUUUUUCACACCCAGACUCCCGUGUGUAAGCCCACGGCUGAGAGACGAAUGGGGGGCGGGGUGGCACCUCUUUCCACUCUUUCUCCACGGUAGCCACUCCACAAUGGCAGAGGCUGCCUUGCGUCACCGCACGACGAGCGGGACAUAUCUCCCUCAUUUCCCCGCCUUCCGGUGUGCGUGCAAUCUCGGUGACAAACGAGAGAAAAAAAAAAACAAUACAUGAACCAUAGAUAA